UUCCCGCCGGAAGGCGCCGGGCAGCGGCGGCAUGGGGACGGUGCGGGUCGGCGGCGGCGUGGCCCGAGGGCUCCUUGCCCUGCUCCUCGUGGCUCCCUUAAUUAUCAAAACACAGUGCAAAAAUGAUACUGAAGCUCUGAUAACAUCCAAUAGGAGGAACAUUUCCAGGAGGGAAGUUAACUGCAAGGAGGAUGAAUACAAUUUAGAUACUGACUGUUGUAAGAAAUGUAGAAUUGGUUUUGUUAAAAAUGUCUCCUGCCCAAGAGAUAUUGUCAAACACUGUGCUCCAUGUGAGAAAGGAAAGGAAUUCAUGAAUCACCCCAAUGACUUGGACAAAUGUUUGAGAUGUAAAUUGUGUGACAACAACUUUGGUUGGGAGGUUGUGAAGAACUGUACCCCAGAAGAGGACACGCAGUGUGCCUGUGCAAAGAACUAUUUUUGCAGUACUGCAGGAUGUGACAAUUGCAUUCAAUGUAGCAUAUGUGAAAGCGGUGUAAUUGAAAAACAAUGUACUCCAGCUUCAGACACUGUAUGCGGAACAAAAGAACCAGAAGCGCUGUGGUGGAUCGUUGCUUUGGUAGUUUUGCUAAUAGCUGCAGCAAUAGCUGCAGCAAUAAUCUGGUACAAGAGAAAACAGAAGGGUCUUACAAUCAAUGAUCACCCAAUUAAUGGAGUUUACAAACCAGAGCCUUACGAGAAUGAGCAUCUCAUAUAUGCAGAUGUUGACCUGAGCAGCCACAUUCCGGGUAUUGUGGAAGAGAUGACACUCAAAGAUGUCAAGAAAUUUGUUCGUCACCACCAGAUAACAGAACCUGCCAUAGACCAAAGCAUUCAGGAUUUUCCUGGUGAUACAUCUGAACAGAAGAUUAGGCUGUUUCAAGUCUGGUAUCAAAGUCAUGGGUUGAAGGGAGCCUAUACAACCCUAAUAAGCAGCCUGAGAGAGUUAAAGAUGUGUACUGUAGCUGAUAAAAUUGAGGGAAAACUGAAGGCAACUAUUUCCAGCUCUCAGGAAGGGGGACAGUCUUAUAAUCCUGACACUGAGCAAAGCAACAUUUGCACUCAAGAGGGUAGAAACUCUUACAAUGAGAGUGCUGAGCUGAGUAAAUCCUAUACUGCUAGUUUGGAAGAGACCUAGCACAGAGGAAUUUGAAAUUUCUGAAUGAGUAUUUUUCUAAUAUAAAUAACAGAGUUUUAAAAUGGCAUUUUCAUUGGCAGUUUCGAUUGAACUCAAGUAAGUUAUUAUAUGCAACAGGAAAAAUUACAAAAUUUGGAGCAAUGUCAUUCCUUUAAAAUAAAGUUUUAGCCUUUUUUGGUUGUUAAGAACUGGAAGAAGUUUUAUGCCUUGUUUACUAAAAGGUGCAAUAUAAGACUCCAGCUACAGGAUGCAUUACAACAGGAAAUAAGUUAUGCUUUGAAUAAAAUGAAUGGCUUAAAUGCAUGGUCCUGCAUUAUUUAAUCAAUGUAAGGUUCUGCUUACAUUAAAAAUGCAGGAUGUUCCUUUUGUUUUUUUUUUUUUUUUUAAGAGAAAGCUCUGGUGUGAUCAGUCUACAAAGUGUACCAGGAAGAGUACUUGAAAAAUAAAUUAUCUGCCUUACACCUGAUUAAUUUGAAAUACAGGUGCUGCUGUGUAGAUUCUACUCUGCUGCAAAUGCAAUUUCUAUUUUUCAUAAAAGCACUUCUGUGUGUAUAUGGAGUUUUGUAUAUGUGUGCAAGUUUUCUAUACAAAAAGCUCCCAGUUCUAGGUAAAAAUAAUGAUCUCUGUUGUUCUCAGCAAUGUUUGUAAGCCUCUUCUAAUGUUCAAAACCUUCAAAGAAAUAGGAGCUGAAGGGUUAGCAGCACAACAGAACCAUUAUUUCUGGAAGGCAACCUUCAGAGUGUAUGAUGCUUUUCUAAUGCAGAAACUGAUACAAUGAAAGCAUCUUUUUCAUUAAAAAAAACCCCUGCAUAAUA